AUGAGUGACUGGGAUCAAUUGUCUCGAUCGUCUGAAGGAACUUGGGAGAAGUUAUCCCAGGUCGCUGUCAAGGGUGCUGAACAUGACUCUGCAGAACGCCUGCCACAUCCGAAAUGUUUGGACGGCACCCGGGUGACCCUUCUCAACUACAUCUGUGAAUUACUGGACGGCGAAGAGAAGAGUCGGAUGAUUUGGCUGCAUGGCACGGCGGGCGUUGGAAAGUCUGCUGUUGCGUUCACCGUAGCUGAAAGGAUGAGAGGUCUGAAAGUGACAGAAGGGACGAGUGUCGAAAAACGACUCGCAGGAACUUUUUUUUUCUCGCGCAAACACACGAAACGCCGCACAUCCGGUCAUUUCUUUGCGACGCUUGCAUACCAGCUUGCAAGUAAUUUCCCCAGUAUCCGGGAGGAAGUGAACAGAGCUAUUAUCGAGAAUCCUGCUCUACUAGACCCCGACAAGUCUCUUCGCGACCAAAUGGAGUCGCUUUUUCUCCGACCUCUCCGGAGGCUUCGCUUCAGACUGCUUGAGUGUCCACCUUUGGCGUUCGUUGUUGAUGCCCUUGACGAAUGCAACCCCGAAACCAUUGCCGUUCUCGUGUCCCUGCUUGGCGAAGCUCUCCGUGAACCUAAUCUUCCCGUGGUCCACAUUUUGCUCACGAGUCGCUCAGAAGCGCAUAUCCGGAAAGCUAUUCAGACAGCAGAGAUGCGCCCGCUGGUGUGCGAGAUACCAGUGAACAUUUCUGGGGAGGGCAUUGCUGCCACCAUCUCAUUAGAUGGCGCAGAUGUCGACAAUGACAUUUACAUUUUCCUGCAGCAUUCCUUCCAAGAGCUGCAAGAUUGCCAUCCCGAUUUCCCACAGCCAUCGAGGGAUGAGCUCGCGAAACUGGCGAGUCGAGCGGGAAGACGUUUCAUCGUGGCGACCACCAUGAUCAACUUCAUCGACGAUCGAGAUAAUGAUCCCCGCGAUCGACUUCAUUUGAUGCUCGAGCUGACGAAUGAUCUGCUGCCAGGAACGGAGGUGCAUAGGUUAUACGACCACAUCCUCUCCACGUGCGCUGACCCCCAGCGGGCACAUUUGUAUUUGUCCGUUGUGGCUGCACUUGCGGACCCUCUACCAAUCUCACAAAUAUCGAAGCUUCUUGGCCCCGGGAUGGGCAACGAUGUCGAGACAGUGCUGUUUCAGCUGCGGUCUGUGAUAGAUAUACCAACCGAUGGGGAUCUUCCCGUGAAUAUCUAUCACUCGUCAAUCCCUCAAACUGCAGCUUCACUCAAGUACAAUCCAUUACCUCACCUCACUCUUUACUCGCUUAUUCCUCUCUCCGCCUCAUGA